ACCAAGCCACACACACGCGGCCGGCACCCAUGGCGAAGCAGGCGUGGAGCUCGCUGUUCGGGUGCUUCACCUCGCAGCACCACUACGACGGCUGCGGGAAGCGGAAGAAAGGCGGCGGCGGGAAGAAGAAGAAGAAGACGACGACGAAGAAGAAGGUGGCCGCGGCAACGGGGCAGGGGCAGCAGCAGCGGAAGCUGCAGAGCCGGCUGUCGUUCUCGGACCUGUCGUUCGGCGGCAUGGUGUCGCCGGAGGACCUGUCGCUGUCGCUGGCCGGCUCGAACCUGCACGUCUUCACCAUCGCCGAGCUCCGCUCCGUCACCAGGGACUUCUCCAUGACCAACUUCAUCGGCGAGGGCGGCUUCGGCCCCGUCUACAAGGGCUACGUCGACGACAAGCUCAAGCCCGGCCUGCGCGCGCAGCCCGUCGCCGUCAAGCUUCUCGACCUCGAGGGCACCCAGGGCCACAACGAGUGGCUGACUGAAGUCAUCUUCCUGGGGCAGCUGAGGCAUCCUCACCUCGUCAAACUGAUCGGCUACUGCUACGAGGAUGAAUACCGGCUUCUCGUUUACGAGUUCAUGACGAGGGGCAGCUUGGAGAAGCACCUCUUCAAAAAGUACGCAGCGUCGUUGCCAUGGUCAACACGGUUGAAAAUCGCCAUUGGUGCCGCCAAAGGUCUGUCCUUUCUCCAUGAAGCCGAGAAGCCGGUCAUCUACCGAGACUUCAAGACCUCCAACAUCUUGCUAGACUCAGACUUCAAAGCGAAGCUAUCAGAUUUUGGGCUAGCCAAGGACGGGCCAGAGGACGACGAGACGCACGUCUCGACAAGGGUUAUGGGCACACAGGGCUAUGCUGCACCAGAGUACAUCAUGACCGGCCAUCUGACGGCGAAGAGCGACGUGUACGGCUUCGGCGUGGUGCUGCUAGAGCUGCUGACGGGGAGGAAGUCGGUGGACAAGAACCGGCCGCCGCGGGAGCAGAACCUGGUGGAGUGGGCGCGGCCGUACCUGACUGACGCGCGGCGGCUGGACCGCGUCAUGGACCGCAACCUCGCCGGCCAGUACCCGACCAGGGCGGCGCAGAAGGCCGCCGCGCUGGCGCACCGCUGCGUCAGCCUCAACCCCAAGUCCCGCCCGCACAUGUCCGCCGUCGUCGACGCGCUCGAGCCGCUCCUCGCCCUCGACGACGACCUCCUCGUCGGGACCUUCGUCUACGUCGCGCCGCCCGACGUCGACGGCGACAGUGGCAGCGGCAGCGGCAGCAGGAGGCGAGCCAGCCGGAGGCGGUCCGAAGAAGCCCCGGCGGCGGAUCAGCCGGCGGCCGCGGCCGCGGCCGCCGUCGUGCAGCGUGAGUGACAUGGUUUUUGUUCGCUAGCUUUGCCCUGUACUGAUCAAGCGAUGCCGGAUUGCCGGUAAAUUUAACCCGGAUAUCAGUGGAGUUGGCUCGAACUGGUCGGUAAAACGGUUGUUGAAUUGAAUCAGGUCGUUGUUGCGUUAGGCUUUGGAUAGGAUUAGGGCGUGUAAAUAGGAGUAAUUAUAUAUAAUCAGAUCGUAUGAUGAUCAAUGGAGCAUGCAAAACAGUUUGACAAAAUAUGGAUAUGGUUCAUCACUUUCAUGCUGUACGUGAGUGUAUGAUUUGUAUGUUUUUUACGGUUUGGUGUAGGUUCUCCUGUGUGUGUGUGCUGUACUUGAAUUUUGAGAAGCUGCAAGGAUUUUGUAAUGGUAGUGUUGGCGGUCUACGGUAUCUUUACCUAAACGGAUCUGCUAAAUCUCUGUCACGGUGGUGACUGGUGAGGCCAACGACCC